AUGAUGGUCUCUAGACCUUUUCCUCAGUUGUGCAUUGGUCAAUUACCAAGCGUUAAUCAGCUACCACCACAACCAUUAGCACCAGCGCCACCACCACCGCCAUCGCCUUCGAUUUCGACGUCGGUGUCAUCUGUGACGAGUAUAAACCCCCUAGGGACAUCGCUACUCAUCUCCACAACAUCGCCACAGUUGGGCAGUCCACAACAGCAACUCUCCAGUCCCAUACAGGUGGCGAUGAAUUCUGCUUUUCGACCGAUUGUACCUCAUACAGCAGCCAUGUCACCCAACGGCGCCACCACUGCCUCAGCUGUUGGAGGAGACUCAUUUUUCUUAUCAGCCAUUCAUUCACUGGUGCUGUCGUCUCCAAGUGAUGAUUCUGCAAGUGACUCGAAUCAUUCAUCUUCCGACAAAGGUAAGGUCGUUUUAAGUUCUUUUGUUUCUUUUAAAUAUUAG